ACAGGCGGUGGCGCCGCCUCUCCCUGCCGCCCGCCCCCUCAGCCUUUCCGGCCUCGGGGGAAGGAAAGCGGCGCCGCGACGCCCGCCUCGGCCUAGUCCCGGCUGCGGAAGGCAAGGCCGCGCCGGCCCCUCAGGCCGCCGACUCCAGCGCCCGGGCCGGGCCUUCCUCCGCCGCCAUGUGAGGGGACGAGCCGCGCCUCCCUCCGGCCUGGCGACUCCUCCGGGGAUGCUCCUGCUGGCCGUGGGCGACGCCGCCGCCACCGCCGGCCCCAGCCCCGCCAUGGAGCCUCCCAACCCGGCGCUGGUCAUCCGCAUCCGCAUCCCGGACGGCGGCGCCGUGGACUGGACCGUCCACCCCGCGCCCCAGCUCCUCUUCAGGGACGUGCUGGAUGUGAUCAGUCAGGUUCUGCCUGAUGCCACAACUACAGCCUUUGAAUAUGAAGAUGAGGAUGGCGAUCGGAUUACUGUUCGAAGUGAUGAAGAAAUGAAAGCCAUGCUGUCCUAUUAUUACACCACAGUACUGGAGCAGCAAGUAAAUGGCCAGUUAGUCGUGCCUCUGCAGAUAUACCCAAGAGCCUGCAAGCCUCCUGGGAAACGGAACAUACAUGGCCUGAAGGUAAAUACACGAGCAGGAUCGGCUAACAAUAGCGGUGCGGCCAUCCCAGAUUCCCUUCCAAGCAAUAGUUUGAAGAAGUCUUCUGCAGAACUGAAGAAAAUAUUAGCAAAUGGCCAGAUGAAUGAACAAGACAUACGGUAUCGAGACAUCCUCGGUCAUGGCAACGGCGGGACAGUCUACAAAGCAAGCCAUGUCCCCAACGGGAAAAUAUUAGCAGUCAAGGUGAUCCCUUUAGAUAUUACACUGGAACUACAGAAACAGAUAAUGUCCGAAUUAGAAAUUCUUUAUAAGUGUGAUUCAUCCUAUAUCAUAGGCUUUUAUGGUGCCUUUUUUGUAGAAAACAGGAUUUCACUUUGUACUGAAUUCAUGGAUGGAGGCUCUUUGGACGUAUAUAGAAAAAUUCCAGAACACGUGCUUGGAAGAAUAGCCGUAGCUGUUGUUAAAGGUCUUACAUAUUUGUGGAGCUUAAAGAUUUUACAUAGAGAUGUAAAACCAUCAAAUAUGUUGGUGAACACGAGAGGCCAGGUCAAGUUAUGUGAUUUUGGGGUUAGCACGCAGCUGGUGAAUUCCAUUGCCAAGACGUAUGUUGGGACAAAUGCUUAUAUGGCGCCAGAAAGAAUUUCAGGAGAACAGUACGGCAUUCAUUCUGAUGUUUGGAGCCUAGGGAUUUCCUUUAUGGAGCUUGCUCUCGGGAGGUUCCCGUAUCCUCAGAUUCAGAAAAACCAGGGAUCUUUAAUGCCUCUCCAGUUACUCCAGUGCAUUGUUGAUGAGGAAUCGCCUGUCCUUCCGGUUGGGGAGUUCUCCGAGCCGUUUGUACACUUCAUCACUCAAUGUAUGAGAAAGCAACCAAAGGAAAGACCGGCUCCAGAGGAGUUAAUGGGCCACCUCUUCAUCGUCCAGUAUAAUGAUGGCAAUACUGAGGUCGUCUCCAUGUGGGUGUGCCGGAUGUUGGAAGAGAGGCGUUCGCAGCAGCAGCAGCAGGGAUCACAGUGAGCAGAAGGGAGGAGGAAAGUCCAGGCGACAGAGAGAGACUGGUGCUGGCCAAAAUCCACAAGGACUUCUGUAGGAGACUUGGCAUGUUAACAGCGUGUCCGAUGACGGUGUUUGGGUACAUGCGGUGGCCGCUCUUUAUUCUGGGAUGAUUCUUCUGGAGACUAACUGAAACCCCCUCUGAGGAUGGUCCAUCCCACCACAGGCUACAACCUUAAGAUAUUAUUAUUAUUAUAUAUUUUAUUAAACUUCCAGUAUAUUUCUUGAA